AUGUCUCUUUUUGACCCCCCUCCCAAGCCAGACACCCCGCUGGGCUGGCAUCGAGUGCUGUCACCAACAGCAGCUGUUAAGGUAUCCCCCAUCUGUCUAGGUGGUAUAAGCAUUGGCAAUGCAUGGAAUGAGCUAUUUGGGCGAAGGGAUGACCACUUCGCUAUUCUCGAUAGCUUCGUCGCACUGGGUGGCAACUUCAUUGAUACUGCCAACCAGUAUAACUACGAGGAAUCUGAAAAGCUGAUUGGCGAGUGGAUGGAGACACGAGGAACUCGCGAUCAAAUGGUUAUUGCAACCAAGUUCUCAGCCCCAUAUCGUGCCUACAACCGUGCUGCCGAGCCGAUACAGAGCAAUUUUGCGGGAAACUCAGCCAAGAGCAUGCACAUCUCCAUACGAGAUAGUCUGAAGAAGCUCAGGACCACCUACAUUGACAUACUCUUUGUCCACUGGUGGGAGCUUGCCGCCUCGGUCGAAGAGGUGAUGACCCAUUUGCAUGCCUAUGUCAUGGCCCGGCAGGUUCUAUACCUCGGAGUCUCUGAUACCCCAGCCUAUGUGGUUGCGAAGGCCAAUGCCUUUGCUCGGCAAAAUGGACUUACGCCCUUUUCCGUAUAUCAAGGCCGAUGGUGUGCCUCACGCAGAGACGUGGAAUCAGAGAUUAUUCCCAUGUGCGAAGAUCAAGGCAUGGCAUUUAUGUCAUGGGGAUCGCUUGGAGGCGGCCUGCUUGCAACCGCAGCAGAGCGGGAAAAAUUAGAAUCUGAUCCAGACGCCCCAAAGGCUCCUUAUGGAUUCGAAAAGCGCGAUGCGGCGGUGUGUGACGUUUUGGAGCAGCUGGCCACAGCUAAGAACACCAGCUUGCAAGCCAUAGCAUUGGCAUAUCUCUUCCAUCAAAGUACCUAUGUCUUCCCAAUUGUGGGUGUGCAGACUGUAGAGCAUGUUAAAGCACUGCCAGCUGCAUUGCGCGUGAGUCUCUCUACAGACGAAAUCGACGCCAUCCAGAAUGCCGCAUAUUUUGAUCCGCUCUUCCCGAACAAUUACUACUUCCCCUACGAGAAUGGGAGAGGAUAUAGUCUCCGUCUGACUGUAGCAGAUCAGAAAAACUAUCGAUCAGGUGCAUGGAUUGAUGCUCCGAAGAAACAGCCAGUAAGCCAACUUUGA